AGAAUCGGAGCAGAAGAAAGAGUGGAAAAGUAUGACUUUGUGAUGAAUCUCAGAAGUCAAAUCCAGUGAGGUGUUCUCCUGUCCCCCUCAACCCCUUUAGAGACCACACCAUCCAGUGGACACCAUUUCAAGGAUUCUCUCUGGAUUUUGAUACCCACAGGAGGGGUGUGAACAAGAAGGCCCAGAGGAAGUGGACUGUGUGGGCAGGAUGUGGGAUGGACUGAGACUACAGGUGUUCUUCUUGUGUUUGGGGGCCGCACUAUGGAGCGCUGCAGCAGCAGCGACAUACAGGGGCUCAGGUCCACGGGAGCGUGGCCACCGCCACCAUCUCUCUUUACACAGACACAGAGAGAGAGGCAAAGAGGGCCAGGUGCUUCACCGCUCCAAACGAGGCUGGGUCUGGAACCAGUUCUUUGUCAUUGAGGAGUACACAGGCCCAGAUCCCGUCUUAGUAGGUCGGCUUCAUUCGGAUGUGGAUUCGGGAGUUGGAAACAUUAAAUACAUCCUUUCAGGGGAGGGAGCAGGUACUAUUUUUGUCAUCGAUGACAAAACGGGCAACAUUCAUGCCACAAAGACACUGGACAGAGAAGAACAGGCCCAGUACACCCUGACCGCCCAGGCUGUGGAUCGAGACACCAACAAACCCCUUGAGCCUCCCUCAGAGUUCAUUGUCAAGGUGCAGGACAUCAACGACAAUCCACCGGAGUUCCUUCACGGCCCUUACUAUGCACGAGUGGCUGAGAUGUCCAACGUUGGUAAGUGCGAGCCUCUGGAAAAGCAUAUUUGUCAGCUUCUUCUCUUUCUCUGUGAGCCCACACCUGACAGCUUGUUCCUCAUGCAUUAUUCAAAAGAGCUGAAAUCUGACUCUCAGAAAGUGAGAAUCAUUCGAACAGCUCUUCCCAACAUGGACAGGGAGGCCAGGCAGGAAUACGAUGUCCUCAUCCAGGCCAAGGACAUGGGUGGACACAUGGGUGGUCUGUCAGGAACCACUCAG